AUGUUUUAUCUCAGUAAUAUUGAGCAUAAAUUGACCUUGCCUCCUUCUCUUCUCGCUCUUCCCAUUGGAGAAGCCAUACACACGGAGCUUGAGAGGCUUUUCUUGGAUAAGGGGAGAUUAUUACUGGAAAACUUGUUUCAUCUGAUGCUGAUGGCUUACGCUUAUCCAUUGGAUUCUUUGACGACAUUUACAUUCCUACUCAUCACAUGCCCAAUCCAAACCGCUAUGAACCUGAAAAUAGCAACAAAAACAAAGGCACAUGGUUUUGGGAUUAUGGUGAAGAAAUUGAUUCAUCAUUUAAUAUUAAUUAUACUGACAAGAUCAAAUUCCAAGUUCAAAGUGUGA